CAGCCAUUUAAACAACAGAGCAGGCGAUAGAGAACGUCGAAAAAUUUUGUCUUGAUUAUAACUGUGUUAUUCGGCUAAAUAAGAACGUAACAAACGAUGUCAGGGGCUGACAAUGAGGAUGAUCUGGCCACUGCCAUCCUACGAACAAAGGCAAAGCCAAAUAGACUUAUUGUGGAAGACGCAGUGAAUGAUGAUAACAGUGUAGUUGCUUUGUCACAGACAAAGAUGGAUGAGCUUGAGUUGUUUCGUGGUGACACAGUCCUCCUGAAGGGGAAAAAGAGGAAGGAAACUGUCUGCAUCGUUCUGAGUGACGACACAGUCGGUGACGACAAGGUUCGCAUGAACAGGAUUGUGCGCAACAACCUACGAGUCAGACUAGGAGAUAUCGUCAGCAUACAGGCAUGCCCGGACGUCAAAUACGGGAAGCGAAUCCACGUGCUGCCGAUAGACGACACAGUGGACGGCCUUACUGGGAACCUAUUCGACGUCUAUCUGAAGCCAUAUUUUCUUGAGGCCUACCGACCGGUCAGUAAGAACGACAUAUUCCUCGUGCGCGGCGGCAUGCGAGCGGUCGAGUUUAAGGUCAUAGAGACGGACCCGUCGCCGUACUGCAUCGUCGCGCCCGACACGGUCAUCCACUGCGAGGGUGAGCCAGUGAAGAGAGAGGAUGAGGAGGAAGCACUGGAUGCCGUUGGUUACGACGACAUCGGAGGCUGCAGGAAGCAGCUUGCCCAGAUCAAGGAGAUGGUAGAGCUGCCGCUUCGGCAUCCGCAGCUGUUCAAAGCCAUUGGCAUCAAGCCGCCACGGGGCAUUCUACUCUUCGGUCCGCCUGGAUCUGGUAAAACUCUGAUCGCACGAGCGGUUGCCAACGAGACUGGUGCCUUCUUCUUCCUCAUCAAUGGACCGGAGAUCAUGAGCAAGCUUGCUGGAGAGUCGGAGAGCAACCUGAGGAAGGCGUUUGAGGAAGCUGAGAAGAACUCGCCGGCCAUCAUCUUCAUCGAUGAGCUGGAUGCGAUCGCACCGAAGAGAGAGAAGACGCACGGUGAGGUGGAGCGUCGCAUCGUAUCACAGCUGCUCACGCUCAUGGACGGACUCAAGCAGCGCGCUCACGUCAUCGUCAUGGCGGCAACGAACCGACCCAACAGCAUCGAUCCCGCUCUCAGGAGGUUCGGGCGCUUUGACAGGGAGGUUGACAUUGGCAUUCCUGACACGACGGGACGUCUGGAGAUUCUCCGCAUCCACACGAAGAACAUGAAGCUGGCAGAUGACGUCGAUCUCGAGCGGGUGGCAGCAGAGUCGCACGGACACGUGGGGGCCGAUCUGGCGGCGCUGUGCAGUGAGGCGGCGUUGCAGCAGAUCCGUGAAAAGAUGGAUCUCAUUGAUCUAGAGGACGACACUAUUGAUGCAGAGGUCCUCAACUCUCUAGCCGUCACCAUGGAGAACUUCAGGUUUGCGAUGAGUAAGAGUAGUCCGAGCGCACUGAGAGAGACGGUCGUCGAGGUGCCGAACGUGACGUGGGAGGACAUCGGUGGACUGGCGAACGUGAAGAAGGAGCUACAGGAGCUCGUGCAGUAUCCCGUCGAACACCCGGAGAAGUUCCUCAAGUUUGGCAUGACGCCGUCGCGCGGCGUGCUGUUCUACGGACCGCCAGGAUGCGGUAAGACUCUGCUUGCAAAGGCCAUCGCUAACGAGUGUCAGGCGAACUUCAUCUCCAUCAAGGGUCCGGAGCUACUCACGAUGUGGUUCGGCGAAUCUGAAGCCAACGUUAGAGACGUGUUCGACAAGGCACGUUCUGCUGCUCCCUGUGUUCUCUUCUUCGAUGAGCUGGACUCGAUAGCAAAGUCUCGCGGAGGCAACGUGGGAGAUGGUGGUGGCGCUGCCGACAGAGUUAUCAAUCAGGUGCUCACGGAGAUGGACGGCAUGAGCUCGAAGAAGAACGUGUUCAUCAUCGGCGCGACAAACCGACCGGACAUCAUCGACCCGGCGAUCCUGCGGCCGGGCCGUCUCGACCAGCUCAUCUACAUCCCUCUGCCAGACGAGCUCUCUCGCGCCGCCAUCCUGCAUGCGAACCUGCGCAAGUCGCCCAUCGCCAAGGAUGUUGACCUACCCUACCUGGCGAAGGUCACGCACGGCUUCAGCGGGGCCGACCUGACAGAGAUCUGCCAGAGGGCGUGCAAGCUUGCCAUCCGGCAGUGUAUCGAGAGCGAGAUACGCAAGGAACGCGAGAGAGUCGCAAACCCUGACGACGCUGUUAUGGUAUGUAGCUACGGGCUGCAGGAGGAGGGGGAGGAGGAGGAGGAGGAGGGGAAGUGGGAGUAG